AUUAUCUCUGACUUAGGUAAGGUGCUGAAGGAGGGAGAAUGGGGCAAUCUUGAUGAAACUUUAAGCUUUCUUGAUAAACAAACGGUUGACAUUGUGGGUUCUUCCAAUGGCCUCCUCCUCUGUUUCGCAUCCAACCACGUUGAUUUUCGCCAAAAGGGGAAUAUGGAUUAUAUCGUACGCAAUCCGGUGACAAGGGAAUUCCGCAGCCUUCCAAGACCUCACAAGGCUUACCGCCAUGUUGCUGUUGCUUUCAUUUGCAAAGGAAGCAAUGCAACCCCUUUGGACGGGAUCGAGUAUGAAGUUAUACGAGCAGGAAUCCUACAACCUUGGAAGUUGACUCGAACACUGGAGAUAGAGACAUUUUCUUCUGUUACAAAUAGAUGGACUGCGGCUUCUUUGGAAUCUUCCUCACCCUUUGCUUUACUUGUGGCUAACAGACCUGCAAUUGUGGUUGGGGAAGUGAUAUUCUGGGGUGGAAUGUCGAGUACUGUUUUGGCUUAUGAUUGUGCAAUGGAAACCGUACAAUUGAUUGAACUUCCCCGUAUGGCUCUAGAACCUUGCGAUUAUCUUCUUGGUCAAUCUGAGGGACAAUUGCAGCAUGGCAGAUUUGACCUUGAUGGAUUGGAGAUAUGGGUGCUGGAAGAUUACCGAAGAUCUGAGUGGAUCCUAAAGCAUCGUGUGAGUUUCACAGAAGUAAAUCAUUUGGCUCGUUCCCCAGGUUGGCUCGCCCCUCUUCGGCUUCAUGGUUUUCACCCCAAUAAAUCUGAGCUGCUCUUUAUUACUUGGUCUGGACACCCAUUUUGGAUUGAUUUUAUGAAUUACACAUUGACAGAAACUGGAGGUGGUUUAAUCAUUGACCAGUAUCCAUUUCAGUUCUUCCCAUAUGAGUGGCCCCUUUCGUGCUCUGAUGGCCAGUGA